ACGUGACAGCUUAUGAGUCAUAGAGAUCCACAAAACGCAGAGAUACAUUAAAGACGCUGCGCUUCCCUGUACCGCUGAAGGCCACUGACGGAAAGGGAAUCAGUGGAAGUCUUCAGCGGUGAAGCUCUCAGUAUGUAAAUGCGCGCAUGUGUCCGGGAGGCUUGCGGUGGCGAAAGGGUUAAAACCUUCAUUGGGUGGCAAAGGGGGCUGCUGCCGGCCGCAAAUCUUUUUUGUGCCGUUCCCAAAUUCUCCCGCGAUUUCGCCUGCAGCUCUCGCACUCUCAGUACAAAAGAGCAAAAAAAAAAAAAAGCAUGUUUCAAAACACAUGCGCUCAUUCUUUCUUACAUCCAAUCUGCUCUCCAUUUGCCCCUUUCCCCAAUAGAGAACUUCAGGAGGCAAAAGUCGUUAAGGAGUUAAUAUAUUGAAAUCUUUAAAACAAAACAUUUCAGAACUUAUCUAUGAUCAAAGUGUACGUUUUUAAUUUAUUAAUGUGCAAUCUUACUAUGAUUUACAUAAUUAAUUGAAUGAAUUUAAGAAUAACAAAAUGCCAUUGCGUGCUAACAGUUUGGGCUUAAUCGUGUGGUAGUUCUUCACGCGCUCCGACAAUUCAUGAAUGGGGAGAAGAAAAAAAGCAGCGUUUCCACAACAGUUUUUUAUGUAUUUAAACCAGAGAAUUUGAGUCAUUACGAGAACGCCAACUAUGCUGAUUUUUUGCCAGAGAGAACGACAACAUUAUGCAGAGCAAAUAGUACUUUAAAUAGAGUUAAAUAGCGUUAAUAAGCGGGUUUAUUUCCCAGACCUUGUCACAAAUAACCUAUUUUGCUCGCAGAGUAAACGAGUCAUGUUUUAAAAACACAUUAUUUGCAAUGUCUAGGUUUGUUGAGAAAACACGUAAACUUCACUGGUAAAUGUUGUGGCAGUACUUGUAUUCAAUGUUAGUCCGGCUUCCCAAGGUGGUUACUGGUGCGCAUUUAUUAAAUCGAAUUUUGCAUUUACUCCGAAAUAUACCUUGCAGGAUAGAAUAGAUCAGUAUAUUUGUUCAAGCUGUCACAUUAUACACGACUUACAAGCUAGCUCUCGUGAUCAUUAUUUUUGUAAAAGACCGACGUUUUUCUUGAAUGUCCAUCUAAAUAUUCGCGUAUUAACACUGCUGGGUCUAAAGUUGACAGUCUUCAACUUGCGCAUACGUUUCUGCACUGACUUGCCGUUGUAACAUAUCUUGUAAAUGCCUUACCAUCUUUGUUUAAACGCAAAUGCCUCGUUCCCUUCAAGACUAGAGUAAUCGAUCUUGGUUUCAGAAUUUCCUGCUGUAAUUUGCGGCUGUGCCUAUUGAUUGUAUUCAUUUCAUUCGCUCACAGUCCUGACGCCGCUCUGUCUGAGGGGGAGUGGUUUCAAGGCGAAAAGAGCGAAAUUCCUCUCUGAUCUACCUUCUUGGGGGUCUGGGGGUGUUUUUUUAUGAAUGAACUGGAAGCCAAUGGCAAAUUAACCACUUUCUUUUUCAGAAAAUGAGGAUUUCCAAACGGUACUCAAGCCAAACAUGUUAAACUUAGUUUUCCUCAUUCAAGGGCAUACUUUUAAACGUGCAUUCAUAGUAUCAAAUAAAAAUAUUAUAAAGUCAGAUUAAUGUUUAUUCAGAAUUCGUUUUAUAUAGUUAUCUGUGGAAAAAACAGCCAAUAAUAUCAUCUAACGAAGAUAAUUUUCCCCCUAUUAAUUUAUUUUAAAGGUGAUUUGCGUUAUUCUUUUAAACCCACCAUUUACAAAGUUGUAGCUGUUCAUGAAAGUAAUUAAAUAGAACUCGCGUUUUAAAUAAAACGCGUUUUCUGUGCAGUAGUUUUUGUGUUCAAGGUCGUAAACCCCCCACCCUCCCUCCUCCCCAUCAAGCGCUUUCUGGUAUUAAAAAAACAUCUUUGGCGCUAUUGUAUUGAGCGGAGAGAGCCGGGGAGGACUCGCCAUUCCUUGUCGAGCUCGCUCGGUCAGAUCGUGGGAAAGGGGCUGCACGUAAAGCAGUUCGUUCUUUGUCACUGUUGUUCUUGUGUAAUUGAUCUCACUGCACGUCGAUGGGCGGAAUACUUCAAAGACGCGCGGCUGUUGGAGGUCGGUCUACAAGCACGCGCUUUCCGUCAGCUUUGCCUCGCUUGUGCCGCUGGACCCGAGGGAAAAAAUAGUUUUCCCCUGGACUUUUUGUGUAAGCGGUUGUAAAUGCAAAUGAUUGCUGUGCACUAGCCCGAAGAAUAGAAGUCGACGCCGUAGUUCUAAGAGUUUUCGUUUUUCUGUUGCAUCAAAUUUACGGAAAGCAAUUUCCGAAAGCCAAGUGCAAAUUCGUCCAGUUAUUUCUUUAUUUAUACCAGUGCGGAGAAUAUAAAUGUUAUGUGAAAUAGAUACUUUGAAAGCGGAAAAUAAAUUCUCAUGUUUGUAUCGCUUAUGUUUAAUAAUUCUAAGUCAGUAUUUCUACUUUUUCUUUAGCUGUUUUGUUAGAAUAACAACACAUUGCUCUUAUAUAAUCUACAAUUUACCAAGAGUAGGCUAUAUAAACAAAUGUACCAAAUGACUCCGUCCAAAUACACACACGCUCGAUAGAAGUUAUAUUUACUGUUUUGUAUUUAGGCACUUAGCUGGCGUUCAUAUAGCCUACAGCGCGACUUGCGUAAGAGCGCAUAUUUGUUUGAACGCAAUAAUACAAAAUACAUAACUGUAGCAUAUUUUGGCUACUUUUUUUGGUUGCAAAAUUAGACUAAUUCCCAAUAUGAGUAGCCCUGCGUUGAAGGCUAUUGAAACGAAUCCCCUGUCUUUUAGGUGUAGAUCACACCGCUGACUGCAAUCCCGGAGAGGAGAGGGGUGUCCUUGAAUGAAUACGAACACAUAUUUAUUUUACAGCCGCUUAUGAAAUGCGCGCGCUCUCAGUCUGUCUCUUUAAACUUUCUGGAUCGCAGCCAGAGACAUGAAUGGCGCUGGACACGUGAGUUUGUCUCAAUGUGCUCCGUCCUCUUAGUGCCGCAGAAUUUCUCAUGUUGUCUCUGGCGGCGGUCCAACCGCGUUUUUUUCCGUGGUGCCUCCUCCGUCCUGUAUUUUUCACAACCCCCUCCUAUGCUAUCCACCCAGGGGAAAGGUGUUUUUAACGCCGUCCUCAUUGAAUCCGUGGACUGGUUUCGUGUGGGCUGCGGAGGUGUAUUUAAAUGCCCACUCUCUCUCUCUCUCUUUAAAACCAAAACAUUUUACCCGUAAAGUCUUAAAGCCCCGCAGUUGCUAUUGGUGAGGCACUGGCUCUUUUUUGUAACACGGUGGACAGUUGGUUCUUUUGGUGCACUUUACAAAAUGUCUCGUGCCCAUUUGUACCAAUGAAACCAAAAUUCCAAUCGAUCACUGGCUAAUUUUAUUACUAAAACCACCCCACCCCCUUCCAAAAAAGGAGCACGUGCUACUCCUGAAACACCACCAGGCUCACCUCCCUUUUUCCCCUUUUUUAUUUUUUAAUAUCGCAUAAUUCGCGCUUAUUAAUAUUAUUAAUUUCGUCAUCGUUGUUACCAUUAUUUUUAGUUUCAUUAUUAUCGUUUGAAAUCGGUCCUUUCGUUACAAGAGAAGAUCCCCCUCGCGCUCCGCUCCAGGACAUCCGGUGUGCAGAAUCAGACGGUGUUUUAGAGUUGGAAGGUGCAGGAGAUUACAAUUUGGUGCAAGCCACGAUGAGCACGCGGGGAGAAGAAACCGGCGAACCAUCAGGGUCCCAGGAAGAGCCAGGAACGACACCGACUGCAAAGAGAGGACCGGGCCGACCGAGGAAGCCGCAGCAAGAGCCGACCGGAGAGCCUGUCCCGAAACGACCGAGGGGACGACCGAAGGGGAGCAAGAACAAGGGCCCGUCCAAAGCGGCACAGAAGAAAGCAGAGGGAACGGGAGAGAAGAGACCAAGGGGAAGACCAAGAAAAUGGCCACAGCAAGUAGUCCAGGAAAAGCCUGCUCAGGAAGAGGAAGAGGAGGAAGAAGCUGAGGAGUCUGCGGAGGAAGAUUGAGUACCCGUGGCAUUUUACCUCUACCUCAUUCAGCUGUCUGGUCUUUCCAAGGGAAGAGACACUGCCUUGACCACUUAUUUUUCGACUUCUAUGGUCUUUCCACUUUUACUUUUGGUGUAAUUUUAUUUUAUUUUAUUUUUAAAUCUGGGAUAAUCGCACACGUAUAACCUCAGAACACAAACCGCAAAAAAACUCCAGCCGAAUGGACAGGCAGAACCUCACCUUUCUUUCUUUCUUCCUCUCUCUUCUUUUUCUAAACGACGAGUAGACACUGCUGUAAGAGGUGUGAGAGGCUAGACGCACAAAAUGUCCCCCCCCCCCCCCCAGACCCCUCAUCUGCUAGUACAGUUCUCCAGGCUAAUGCGACCAGGGCAAGCGAGAAGCUCAAAGACUGCUUCUGUCGUUGAGAAACCAGAUAAAGACCCUGAAGCAGAAUCUCUGCCCCCCCCCAGUCACAGACCACCAAAGACAAGGGAGAUACUGCCUGCAUGUCCACCUCUGUCCCACUCACCUGCUGAACACACACCUGCGGAACACACACACUCUUCCUCAUGCACUCUUCCUCAGUGUUGCUAAACAGGCUCCAUCAGAAGAUAGAAUAUGUGCUGCAGCUUUGGUGAACUCGGCAAUUCUGCUUUUCACCGCCAUUUUAUUUGCCAAUGGAGAGAGAGAGCAAGUUCAUAAAACAAAUGAACAAACAUGCACCGAUCCCCCUCAUGGGUUCUGGGGAAAGAGUAACAAACCAAAAUAACAGAAGAUAAACCAAACGCAACAAAAGCUCUUCAGCUCUUCAGCUCCUCAGCCAGGUUGCCGUCUCUCAGACCCUCUCUCUCUCUGGACGGGCUCCCCUUCUCAGUCUCUGCCAUGCAGAAUGUGCAUGCUCGUAAGCCCUGAGCUGAUUGGCCAGCACAGCCCAGCUGUGUGUGCUUACUCCACUAGUGGGUGUGGUCCCAGGUCACCACAGCAGGACAAGCGUUUUUUAUCUCAGUCAUACAUGCGUGUAACAAUUCCCUAUAUUAAUUAUGAAAAAGAUCAUUAGUGCCCUUUAUGCAAAGGGAAGGCUUUCUAUAAAUUUUUAAUUGUCUAGAUGUAAAUCUGCCCCAAGACCUACCCUCUCCCUAUCUGCCCCUACUGUAGAUCCACCCCCUCUAUUUGCCCCAACUGUAGGUCUGGGGGACUGUGCGCUAGAAACCAAACUGUGUGAGGAACUUCCAGUUGUAGUGUAUGAAAGUGUGAAAUACAGCUACCCAUAUUAAAAAUGAACAUUACUCCGAUAGAAGAAGAUUAGCUUUACUAUAUCAUUGCUUUAAAAAUGCAAUGAGGUCUCGUAUUUCAAGAUUUUACUGAAUUACGCUUCGACUCUUCAUAUUGCUGUUUCUAUUAAUGUGUGUGCCCAUUUUAAACACAGCUUAAAAUGGCAAAAUGGGUAUUUUAAAAAAUAGCCACUGAUCCUGCUUUGGCAAGUUAAAAUGGCUGCCCUGUUUCAGUGAGUAUUGGCUCCUUCCUGAUGCCCUGCUUUUUACAGGAGUAUGACCUGGGCCCAAUGCUGGGCCCAAACUGGGAGUUAGCUUCCUUCUCUUCUACAGCGGCUUAACAGGGCAAACAAAGCUAAAUCUACACAGCACUAUGACAUUACAUUACAUCUUUAGGAGCCGCUGGGUAUGGCAGUUUCUCCUGUGGUUUUAAUUUUUCUGCGCCAUUUCCUGGAUGACGUAUAUCUCAGAACGUAAACACUGACGGAUACUCUGCAGUUUAUAUGCACAAAGCUUUUACAAAUGUAUGCUUGUGAUCAGUAGAAUAUAGUUCUUUUUCCCUGUCUCAACACAUUUCAAAUUAUUCACUAUAUUUCUCUCUCUCUCCUCUCUUUGGUGGGCUGAACUGAUUAGUGUACAUUUUCAAAGCAUUUUAUUGUUCAGGAAAUUAUUCAGCUGAACAGGUUUUUUUAAAAAGCAGCUAGCUACUGUAUCUCAUUUUUUUUAACAAUGAUGUCUACUUAACCAACUAAUCUGUACAUAAAAUAUUAGCUUUUUUUUACUACAUAGCUUUAAACAUGACUUUCUCCCACCUGAUUUAAAGGGAACCUCAAACCUCAUCACUCACCUUUGCAAGAACAAAACUACCGUUUACCUCAAGACACACAAUACCUGAGCUCAUUGAUGGAGCCCCAAAGGACGGCUCACCUCUUAGGAUACUCCAGAAAUCCAAUAUUUUACCGUUUCUGAGUAAAUGCCUCAUUGACGCCAGCACUUUCCAGUCGCUGAUGCAAUAUCUCACUAUUCCAAACUACCUCUGAUUUCCGCGACCAGUGAACCACCUUGAGAAGCUCAUGCUGCUAUUCAUACACCAGUGCAGGAGACCGCAGCGGCCGGCCAGCUAACACACCUCUCACUGUUUUGCAGUAACGCUGCGGCAGAGUCAGUGCCUGUAACGACGCACAGCAGUGUUCUGAGGGCUUUGUGUUAGCUGGACCAGGUAACGACUGAAAUCCGAGGUCUGUGUUUUUUUUCUUUAAAAAAAAAAAAAAAAAAAUGUAUAACUGACAAGCAGCUAAGGGAACAAGUUCUGUUUCUUUUGUUAUUAUUUUAUAUUUCUCUUUUGCGUUAGCAUUACUUUAUUCUUAACAUUUAACAGGACACUUUCCUUCCUCUCUGCAAAUUAGAAUUUCUGUAUGACAUUGUUAACUUGAAUAUAUUUUUGUACUGAUUUAAUCAAUGGUAUCUUAAGGAUCAAGUGCUUGUAAGACACGACAUGAUAUAAUUUCAACUGUUCCUUUUUUGUCUUUGGAAUUAUUUACUGUCCUUAUUUGUACCUCAAACAAACUGUUUAAAAAAUUGACGAAUGAUCAAUGGAUAAAGACCUACCUCCAGUCUGGAAAAGGAUUGAAUUUGCCUUGUUACUUUCAGCAUUUGUUUGUUAUUAUGAACAAAAUAAUUAGGACUGCAAAUGAUCCCUACUCAAAGUAUUUUUGUAAGAGAAAAUGUCUGAAUCAAAUGCAUUUUAAUUUGCAUGGAGAACAGAGGAACCUCGAAGAGGCUUGAAACUUUGCAGGUUUGGAAAACACUUGUUUGGGUUUUUUGUGUGUUGCCUUCAUGAAAAUGUUUUUUUUUAAUUAGUAGACAUUGAGAUAUACUUGAUUAGUGAUUUUUGUGUACUUGACACAAAUGUGAUUUUAUUAUAUUUCCGUUAUAUGGUUCAACCAGAUGUAUUUGAAUUGCUUCUUGCAUAGUGAGUCCACUUUCCACCUGUCAGGGACUGGGCCAGGGGUAGUGAGUGGAGCUAGAGGAGGAGGAGCACGUUAGGGUCACGCACACACAGCGCUCAGCCCUAGCCCUUACCGCCAUGGCGAUCAGCCACCCAGAGCCUUACCGCCAUGCGAUCAACCCUAGCCCUUACCGCCAUGGCGAUCAACCCUAGCCCUUACAGCCAUGGCGCUCAACCCUAGCCCUUACCGCCAUGGCGAUCAGCCACCCAGAGCCUUACCGCCAUGCGAUCAACCCUAGCCCUUACCGCCAUGGCGAUCAACCCUAGCCCUUACAGCCAUGGCGCUCAACCCUAGCCCUUACCGCCAUGGCGAUCAACCCUAGCCCUUACCGCCAUGGCGAUCAACCCUAGCCCUUACAGCCAUGGCGAUCAGCCACCCAGAGCCUUACCACCAUGGCGAUCAACCCUAGCCCUUACCGCCAUGGCGAUCAACCCUAGCCCUUACCGCCAUGGCGAUCAACCCUAGCCCUUACCGCCAUGGCGAUCAACCCUAGCCCUUACCGCCAUGGCGAUCAACCCUAGGCCUUACCGCCAUGGCGAUCAACCCUAGCCCUUACCGCCAUGGCGAUCAGCCGCCCAGAGCCUUACCGCCGCGGCACUUAGCCUUACCGCUAACUCCUGAAUUACGGUGGGCUGUGAGGUGGGACACUGGGGGGGCGGGGCAGGGCUGGGGCGGGGCUGGGGGGGGCGGGGCGCUGUACCUGCGGGGCGUGGCAGCUCAGCUUUCUAAAGCACGGCUUCUGAAACAGCUGGACUCCAGUGCUGAGGCCUGGGCCCGGCUGGCAGCUGACUUCGGAGGUCACUUGGAGGUCACUUGUAGCACAUCAGGCAAGUUUGACGGUCACUACAGAUUAAAGAUGGGAACAAUCUGUAUUUAGGGGGAAGGGGGGGGGGUUUAAAUGAUUUUUCACGUAAAGAUUCUUUACCUCCUCCCCAGAGUUAAGGACAAACCGCAAUGUGGUAGAAUUGGGUCCAGCCGUAGAGUCAAUAUGGCAUCUGUGUCUCAGAGUCUCAGGAGAUUAAUAAGGAGAAGAACGAUUGGAGACGUCUCCUCUGUACGAUGUGGUGCACAUAAAAUAACUCUCACACCAGAGUUAUUUGGGGGAGAGACGCUCAGCUCCGUCUGCAGCUCCACCUGCAGCUCCGUCUGCAGCUCUGUCUGCAGCUCCCAACAUCUUCUGCAUUUUAUUUCAUGAAUAUGUACUUGAGUUUAAGAUUUUAAAAGAAAAUGAUGUUUUUAAUGUUUUUGACCUGGUUGUUGGUUUGCGUGCGUGAGAGGAAGUCGCUGUAGACGGGCCGUUGGCUCUGGGAGUCUUAUUGAAGUUGUGCUUGUGUUUUCUCAUGUCAUGUUCUUGUACAAUCGAAUACACACUACUACCUCCGAAUAGGGCCUACUGUUACCUCAUUUUCAAACUGAAAAUCUGCUUAAAAAUUCGGUGGCCAAGAAGUCCAGGGAGAGCAUCGUAAAAUUUUAUAUAUAUAUAGUUUAUUUUUGUGGGGGAUAAAUUUUAUAAGACUGUUCGUCCCUGCCUCUUGGUCACUGUUAGGUAAGACUGGACAUUUAACCUUUUUUUUUUUUUUUUUUAAAAGACUUUUCUUACAUUAUGCAAUGUUGUGUAGUUCCUCUUUUACCCCAUUAUAUCCUUUCAAGUGUUCUCUAACUUUAUGACUGUCGCUUAUUCACCUAGUGUUGCUCUCUUUGCUUAUGCUCUGAAAUGGCUUGCUUGUUUUAAACGUUCUUUAAUGGAUUAUCACAGCCUUGUUCAGCACAAUAAAUGUAAUAGUGUUUGUGACA